ACGCUGCCCCAGCCAGCCUGAAGCUAUGUACUCCCUCCCGGUAACGCCAAAGGAUGUCAGCCGCAGAAGCUUCCACAGAAGCCUGAGCUCCUCCUUGCAGGGCUCUGCCGUCAGCAUGCAGCGCCUCGGGAUGGCACCCAGCGUUUACGGGGGUGCUGGAGGCCGGGGCACCCGCAUCUCCACCACCUCCAGAAACAUGGUGAGCUCUGGGAGCGAUCUCAUUGGCAGCGGGGACCUGUUUGUUGGCAAUGAGAAAACGACCAUGCAGAACCUAAAUGACCGUCUAGCGAGCUACCUAGACAAGGUGCGGGCCCUGGAGCAGUCCAACUCCGAACUUGAAGUGCAGAUCAAGCAGUGGUACGAAACCAACGCCCCGAGUGGUGGUCGCGACUACAGUGCAUAUUACAGACAGAUUGAAGAGCUGCGAAAUCAGAUUAAGGAUGCUCAACUGAAAAACGCUCGGUGUAUCCUGCAAAUUGAUAAUGCUAAACUGGCUGCUGAGGACUUCAGACUGAAGUUUGAGACUGAAAGGGGAAUACGCCUAACAGUGGAAGCCGAUCUCCAAGGCCUGAGUAAGGUCUUUGAUGAUCUAACCCUACAGAAAACAGAUUUGGAGGUUCAAAUUGAAGAUCUGAAUAGAGACCUAGCCCUCCUCAAAAAAGAGCAUCAGGAGGAAGUCGAUGGCCUACACAGGCAUCUGGGCAACACUGUCAACGUGGAGGUUGAUGCUGCUCCAGGUCAGAACCUUGGUGCCAUCAUGAAUGAAAUGAGGCAGAAGUAUGAAGACAUGGCCCAGAAGAGCCUUCAAGAGGCCAAAGAACAGUUUGAGAGACAGACUGCAGCUCUGCAGCAACAGGUCACAGUGAACACUGAAGAAUUAAAAGAAACUGAGGUUCAACUAACAGAGCUGAGACGCACCUUCCAGAGCCUAGAGAUAGAACUCCAGUCCUAUCUCAGCAUGAAAGAGUCUUUGGAGCAUACCCUAGAGGAGACCAAAGCCCGUUACGGCAUCCAGUUAGCCAACCUCCAGUCGCUGCUGAGCUCCCUGGAAGCCCAACUGAUGCAGAUUCGGAGUGACACAGAACACCAGAACAACGAAUACCAUAUCCUUCUUGACAUAAAGACUCGGCUUGAGCAGGAAAUUGCUACCUACCGCCGCCUUCUGGAAGGAGAAGAUGUAAAAACUAUGGAGUAUCAGUUAAGCACUCAGGAAGAGAAAGAUAUAAAGAAAACCAGGAAGAUUAAGACAGUCGUGGAAGAAGUAGUGGAUGGCAAGGUUGUGUCAUCUGAAGUCAGAGAAGUGGAAGAAAAUAUCUAAACAGCUACCAAAAGAAGAUGCUGCUGAGGUUUUGAAAGAAAUUUGGCUAUAAUCUUAUCUUUGCUUCCUGGAAGAAAGCACUAUUAAUACUCUGCAGUGAUUCAAAAGGGUGGGAUGGGGGGAAAUCCUAUUUAUCAAACUCUGUAAUUGAAUAUAAAUGUUUUACUCAGAGGAGCUGCAAAUUGUCUGCAAAAACGAAAUCUAAUGAGCAGCAGAAUAUUUAAAACAUCUUUACUGCCAUCUUUAUCAUGGACCACAUCAAUCACAAGCUGCAGACCACCUAAUAUCAAUUUGUAGGUAAUGUUCCUGAAAAUUGAAGCACAUUUCAAUUAUACUAAACCUCAAAAAGUUUAGCACAAUUUUGCAAAUUAUACUAAACUUUGUAAAUUGCAAAUAAAACUCUAAUUUUUCCCUGUUUCUGAA